AUGUUACCAACCGAGUUGUAUACGGCUAUCCUUGAGAAAUUAGACUACUUGACCCUGCUAAAGUGCAUGCAGGUAUGCACUCUUUUCCAAAGCUUGAUUUUGAGAACAGCCUCUCUGCAAUAUAUCAUCGAGCUUGCUGUCGCAAAACAAAUCAGCGGACAAGCAUCUGGAAUAUCGUCUUCCCAGCGCUUGGAGUUAAUGAAAAAACAUCGAUUUGCUUGGAAUAAACUUAUCUGGAGCAGGGAAGUCAAGAUUCCAAUGGAAGGUGGUGGGCUAUGGGAGUUAUUCGGUGGGGUCCUAGCUCAAAGCAAACCUGAUGGAGCUCUUGUUUUCCAUCAAUUACCUUCCGACUUGCGAUCCAUAGAUAUCAGAACUUGGACUCUAGGUCCAGAUUUUGGAAUGCUCGUUCGUGAUUUUGCCAUGGAUCCGUCUCAAGACCUUCUUGUGCUGAUCGAGAGUCCCGAUUGGUCGCUUCCAGACUCUGCCCUUGAAUAUCGUGUUCAUCUGCGAUCGUUGUCGACUGGCAAGCCGCAUCCACAUGCUGCUCAGAGCACUUUACAUCUCUCUCAAGAAAUCAGAGACAUCUUUGUCACCUACACUAUUCAGAUAUUUCAAAACUUGCUUGCUAUCUUAUUCGAUCCCUCCUCCGCAGGUGAGAAUGAAAUUGUAAUAUGGGAAUGGAAAAAGGGUGUCGCAUUAAUGGACAUCUACAGUGACGAUAUUGUGUCCUUCUCUUUAUUGUCUAAAGAUUGGGUGCUAUUUUCAGUAAUAGACAUAUUUGGUAGCCCACACAUGGAAGCCAUCAACUUCACAGAGGAGCCCUGUGAUCGACAUGAUCUCCAGGAAGUCCAACACGUUUAUGCAUUCGAGUAUCCAGAAUUGCAUCUCGGAGUGUUCUGCAGCAACAUUGAAAUUCGUUCCGACCCAAGUACAGCUGCUCCAAUCGAUUCAACGGUUCCCUUCGCCGGUGACACUACAGAUUUUCUGUUGACCGUCAGUCUUUGGCUGGUCAUAAAUGGAGCGCCUCGAUGCAUCCUGCAUUUUAUACCAUCCUCGCAUUUGCUUUCAACUAUCAAUUUACAUGUCCAGUCUAGUAUAAUGGACAGUACUUUUGUUUGGUCCGAUUGGGGUCCAGAGAAGACGAGGAUGCUAUUUCCCAACGUGAACCCUUCUGAGAUUUGGGUAUGCUAUGUAUCUGGGACCAAUUUCGUGAUAUCGGAACCGGUAUCGGAAGGACAGCCUGGCUAUUCGGUGCGCCUAUAUGACUUCAACCGAUUAGCGCUGGAGAAAGACGCCAAGGCGAGUCAUUCCGAUACAGAAGCGCCCAAAGGCAUCAAUCUAUCACCGACUGUCAUGGAAAAGAACAAUCCAUUUGAAGACGAAAUAACAACAAGUCUUCCGUUCAGAACGCAAACGCUUGUCCUGGAAGAUGCUCACACGCACUGCACAGCGUUGUGCAGUGAGGAUAAUAUCAUUGUAGUUGACGAUUUUAUCUUAUCAAUAUUGCGCACAAACCCAUCCCUGAGAGAUGCUCGAUCAUACCUUGCAUCGUUUGGUCUCCGUCCUCAGUCUCAACCAACUCCUUCUUCAGCGACAAAAGUAUCUUCGCAUAAUACACCAGUAGAUCCAUCUGUAUCUACAUCUCCCUCAGUUGCACCCCUUCUGGACAGUCCUACCCCGAGCCCAGUCAUCGCUUCGAUCCUCAAUCCCGUCUAUCGGCGUACGGCCCUCGUGAAAAUCCAAGGCCCUUUCUCAGACAAGCAGCUGGACAGUAUAUGUCGUGGUCUGGUCUACCUAGAAAAGCUCGGCCUUGUCAGUGUUAUUGUUGUCGAAAACGAGGAACGACCACGAGGCGAUCAGGACGAACGGUCGUCCAUAAUCGAUGACACCAUGCGCAUUGUUACCAACCUCGAAAGCCAAGGCUCCCGUGCACGGCCAGUCGUAGGCGCAGUUGUUAGGCUUGGUCCCAAACCAGAAGACGCCUCGGAAAUCGACUUGGACCCUCCAGAAACGCAUACUAUACCUUCCGACCUCAUACCGAUCCGUUCUGCUCUCAGUGCUGGUGAAAUUCCGGUUAUCGCACCCUUUGCUCUUGAUUCUUUCUGUCGCUCUGUUCGUGUCGACGCAAAUGAUGUCAUUGCGGGCCUAGCUCGUGGAAUGGUGGAGGCCAGCAAUCUCUCCAAUAGUUCGCCUAUUGAGGAUGGCCAGGUCAAAUUCUCUGGCGAGGUGGACCUAACACCACUGCGCCUCAUGAUCAUCGACAGAAACGGCGGCGUACCAUCCUACGCACGCUCAGGAUACCCUCACCUACUCAUCAACCUCACCUCGGAGUACCAACAUAUUCAUGAUACUUUCAACGAUCAGUGGCUCCAUAUGAACCCAUCUGCUCUUUCAAAUCUUUCUCUAGCCCGUCAAUGUCUUAAUUACAUGCCAGCUUCAUCCUCUGCCAUCAUGGUGUCUCAUAAAUCACCUAGUUCACUGAUCGGUAACCUUAUUACGAACAAGCCAGCCGUCAGCUCAAGUCUCCCUCAUGCUCUUCUGCAGGGAAAUCGAAAAUUGACACCUCACACACCCACCCUUUUGAGGCGUGGUGUUCCGAUUCAGGUUCUCCGCACACUAAAAGACCUCGACAAGGCGAAGAUGACUACACUAUUAGAACAAUCUUUCGGCCGUAAGCUGGAUCAGAAGGCUUUCUACGGUCGAUUAGAGAAGGCCCUAGAUUUUGUCAUCGUAGCUGGAGAUUAUGUUGGUGCUGCGAUUGUAACAAACGAACCAUCUCUUAACGGCUUGAAACCGAUAUCAUACCUCGACAAAUUUGCUGUCCUCCCAAGCCAUCAAGGAGAUGGUACUGUGGACUUCCUAUGGGUCGCUUUGCACGAUGAGUCAUAUGGACUUGGACAUCCCUUCUCCGCCAAUCCUAACGGAGGAAAGGGCGGUAUCGGAGAGGGUCGAGACCUUGUUUGGCGGAGUCGAUCCAACAAUCCCGUCAACAAGUGGUAUUUUGAACGCAGUAGCGGUCAUGUACGCAUGGGUGAAUGGGUUUUAUUUUGGUGUGACGCUGAGAAAAGGCUCAAGAUCGAAGAGGGACGUCGGGGAAGUGCCGGUUUGUCAUAUGUGGAAGACUGGGAAGAGGGUAGGCUCUCGGACUGGGGCGCUGUUGUUUUGAAAAUACCUUCUAGUUGGAAGUAA